CCAAGCAUUCCAAAGCUCUGAGUUGGAACUAGAGCAGGAGAACUGAACUGUUGCAGCACAGUCCAGCACAAGACGUUUUUAACAGUCAUUAAGAGAACCAUAUUCUGCAAUAAAAAAAAAACUUUGGAAACUGUCUCUGCGAACACCAAAGAUGGCUGGGAUUGUAGCCUGCGUCUUCCUUUCUUGUGUCACCCUAAUCAAUGCCCAGGCUCAGACCGCUUUCCUGGAGUACAUACAAGGAAGGAUGGGAGUUUUGGAGGACAGAAUUUCUCAAUGGCACGACCAGAGCUCUCGAUACAGCUCAGAACUUCGAGAAUUCAAGAACCAGGUGCUGAAAUUGCUGGAGAAUAUAGAAAAAGAGCGUGAUGGUCUGAGGAACGAGAUGGAGAAUACAAAUAUCCGUGUGGAUCGGUUGGAGAGAGAGGUAGACUACAUAGAGACCCAAAACCCAGCACCUUCAUGCGUGGAGGUUGAUGAAAAAUUGACCGAGCUCCACAUUGAGAAAAAGAAGAAGAAUGAAAAAUAUGCAAAACUGAUAGGUUGCCCAACGGCUGGUACUCCAGGAAGUUUGGAAAUCGAUGAGAUGCUGGACCAUCCUCCUAACAUCCGGAAAUCAUACUGCAGUGACACUAUAUCACAAGUUAAUGCUAUGAAAAUACUGAAACGUUUCGGAACAACUGCCGGUCUUUGGACGAAGGACCCUAUUGGGAAUUCAGAAAAGAUCUAUGUUUUCGAUGGAGCUGGUAAUGACACGUUGUAUAUUUUCAACCGCAUGAAAGAAUUCACCUUGUCCUCUUCCACACGGAAGGCAAGUAAAAUCAAACUACCAUUCCCUUGGAUUGGCACUGGACAUGUAGUUUACGGUGGCAACCUGUUCUACAUCCGACAAGGUGAUGAAUUUCAACUUAUCAAGUUCAAUUUGGUCAACAAAACUGUGGUUGACAGUGCCGUGCUCCCAAUAGAAGAACAAGUGCCAGUAUAUGGUCUAUCUAAAUUUAAUUAUAUAGAUAUAGUUGCAGACGAAGAAGGGCUUUGGGCUAUAUAUGCAACAAAGGAGAAUGAGAAGAACAUCUGUUUAGCCAAACUGGAUCCAAACAAUCUCGGGAUUGAGCAAAUGUGGGAUACUCCCUGUCCAAUAGAAAAUGCUGAAAGUGCUUUUGUGGUCUGUGGCUCACUAUAUGUUGUGUACAAUACCAAGCUCCCAAGUCGUUCUCGCAUUCAAUGUGUCUUUGAUGUUAGCGGCACCAUAUCCAGUGAAAAUGUCCCCGUUGUUUACUUUCCGAAGAGGUAUGGAGCCCAUUCAAGCAUGAAAUAUAACCCUAAAGAAAAACAAAUCUAUGCCUGGGAUGAUGGUUAUCAAAUCUUAUACAAGUUAAGCAUGAAACCCAAAGAAGACCUGUAUUAGAUGGAGUUGGAGUUAAGAAUACUAUUUUUUUAAUUUUAUUUUUGUCAUUGAUCCGCUUCCAUUUAUUUGAGAAUGUUAAAGCAUUCUAUCCUUUAGUAUUGGGUAACACACAUAGCUUUAUGUAUUUGAUAUUGAAAAACUAGU